AUGCCCGCGCAACCAUCGAACUCGUUCCCUUCAAAACGCCCACGGACCGAAGCCCCGGCGAAAAAAUCUAUCAAAUACACGAGUGUGGCUGACAUCCGGAGCAAUCUUCAUAUUCAAAAUGAUACUCUUGUGGAGGCCAUCACUGGUUUGCGCAACCAGUUGACUGUGUGGCCAACGGAACCUUCGAUACCGCCUAAUGACGAACGACUUUUGUUGGUUCAAAGAUGGAUGGAGAGUUCACCUGGGGCGACGGAAGUUUUUGAGAUUUGGGAUGGGGCUGGUCCACGCCAGACAUCGUUAAUCGCUGUGUCGCUAUCUUUGCUUUCAUCGGUGCUGACAUUGUUGUCGUCCCAUUACACAUUCCAUGCACUCGGCCAACCCAUAGUCAAGGCUCUUCUGACUCCAACGUAUCUACGUCGACUCAAUUCUUACGUCGGCGGUUCAAACAAUGAACUCAUCAUCGUCACACUCAAACUAUUCAAUGCCAUGGCCUCUUUUGCUGGUGGUCGAGAGCGUAAGGUGGUGUUGGAAGGUUUUGCUUGGGAGAUCAAGUCUCUACCAAAACUUCUGAACAUGCGACGCAAAACGAAAAAUGAAGAAACCCCAGACCCACUGAUCAAACCAGACAUUCGGACCCUCUACAUCCUCUUCCUCCUCUCGUUCGUCGACGCCGGCACCCCGUCUCAAAUCAAGUCCUCCUUCAUUUCGCAACACCGAGAUGCCUUCCUCGCAAUAUUCAAAUCGCUCAACCAAGAUCAUUCGUCCCUGAUCCGUAAGAUUCUCGAGGUAUCCUGGGCUGGGAUUUGGUCUGACCCAAAAGUCAAACGGACAUUAAAGAUAGGGCUUUUUAGUGAACAAACCGUUGCCCAUCUCUUAAAACUAUACGACCACGUCACCUCUGACACUCAAGACGCAGAUUACGUACCAGCAGACCUCGUACACCACUUCCUCCUCGCAAUAUGCACCCACCCAGGGGUUGGGAUAUGUUUCAAAGAUCGAGGAUGGUAUCCACGCGAAGCUGAAGGUGACUCCGACCUCAGUGGUCCAAAAGACGACCCCGACGCCCAAAACCAAAAAGGGAGCAAGAUGUACAACAAGAUUCUAGCGAACAUCCUCAAAACCUUAAAAGUAAACGAAGACGCCCGACAACAAGAACUAGCCUUCAAAAUAAUGUCCGCCUGCCCGGAACUAGUAGCGGGCUACUGGGCCGGCGCAGCGCUCACGCUCGAGCCGAGGCUUUCCUCAAAGUGGAUAACGAACGUUUCGUUUUUUGGGGUGGUCAUUUCGUUGCCUGUGCCCACCUCCUCCUUCUUCCUCCCCAACACACAUCAAUACAACCCGACCCCGCCCCCUCUAACCACCAUCCUCGAAAACAUUUUACCCUCGUCCAUCAACACCAAAUCCCACUUUUCCAAAGGCCUUCAAUCUACAUCAGGGCUUGUACAGCAUUGUACGGCGUUAGCUCUUGCAAAAUGUCUUCAGAAAUACGAGAGCGUUUUGAGGGUGUUUGAAGAGGCGCAGGAAGUGCUUGAGGAGGAUUUGGAGGAAGGGCAAUGGGUGAGACGACGGAGGGAGGUGGAGAGGGAGGUUAGGAGGCGGGUUCCGGAGGUGGGAGUUGUUGUUGGGUUUGCGCAGCAGGGGAAGGGCAAAGGGAAUGAGGUGAGGGGAGCGUUGUUGGCGGAGAGCGCGCAGAGGUUGUUGUGGAUGUAUCAUCGCUGUUUGCCUUUUGUUGUUGCGGAGGCGAGGUUUGAUGUUGGCAAGUUGUUGUUGAAUUUUUCUGUGCGGAGUGGUGAUGAGAAGGAGGAUGGGAUGGAGGUGGAGGGGGAGGAGGGGAAAGAUGAUAAUGAAGAACCUGGAGCAGUAGCGCGACUUCAUCGUGUCCAGCAACUACAUGUCCUCAAGAUUUUGAAAGAGAGCGAUCAGUUUGUGUGGGCUGGUAAAGCAGGUUCUUCACCUCACACAAAUCUCUCUAUCCUCCUCAAAUCCCUCACCACCCUCACAACUCCCCUCCUCCGCAACGCACUCUCCUCGCUCCUACAACACCUCCUCUCACAAAGCAUCCUCUUCCAAUCCGACACUUCCGAGCCUUCCCUCUGGCUUUCUUGCAUACCACACACACGCCGGUCGCCAGGUGCCGAGUCGCCCGACGGUACGCCUCUGAAAGACGAAGGCGAGGUGGUCAUCAAGUUUCUCGAUGAAUGUGUCCAGCGGUGCCUGAAGACGCCGUAUCGCUACAUUGAGGACAUGUACGCUCUUUUCACUACGACACCUGGUGAGAUCCCAGAUAGAUUAGACGCGUGCCCCAGCCCACUGCUCCUCACGGUUCUUGAGCAGCUGGACGCAAAGGUCGGGAACAAGUCCCUCUCUCCCUCUGGUACUUUAGCGCUCGCUUCGUUCGUAAGGAAGCUGGUGUUUCGUUUGACUAGUAAAACGGUGGAUUUGAAGGCGUUCAGGGUGGUAGUGGAUAAGGUUGACGUGGUUCUUGGCCCGGAGAGGCUUUGGGAUGGGAGUGGGGAUGAGGUUGUGAGGGGUGCGGUUAGGAGAGAGGUUGGAUUGAUGAGCAGAUGCUUGGGUGUUCCGCCGAAACAUGCGUUUGGUAUGGAGAGCGAGGGCGAGGGUGUGGAUGCGUUCCUUGGGCAGGUUGAGGGUAUGCAGAUUCCCAUGUCAAAAACGCAGCGAAUCAACGCAGCUUUUGAGCUGAUCGACUGGCUUCGUCUCGUCAAUCAACUUUUGAGUCCCUCCCAAGUCAGGCAGCUCGCAAAUCAAAUUUCUAAAUUCCAUGCACCUGCAAUCCAAGAUCUGGUGGAGUAUCUGGAUCCUGAACAGUCUAACAUCUGGGACGGACUUGAGGUCGUAUCGAAUUUCCAGGCCCAUUUGGACUUCGCAUGGCUUUUCUUACACGCCAGAGAAUAUGAAAUCAUGGACGAGAACUGCCGUGUCGUUCUCUCUGACUCCGCGUUCACGUCAACCACGUCUUUGGUCGAUGUAAUGAGAGUGGUGCGCCUCAUAAUGCAUCGGUUAUCUGCCCAGCAGCAGAGUGAGAGUGAAGGCGCAGUAACGGGGUUAUUGCUUGUUCUCGCUCGGAUCGUGAGGAGGUCAAAGGCCGUUCUGAGCCCAGGGGAGUUUACGUCCCUUAAAGCAAUGGUUUUCGAGCAUCAGGGUGUUUUAAAGGAGAUAUUCAUGGCUGGGGGUCCUGCAGAAGGGACCAGACAGUUUCUCGAGGCUUCGCUCGUUGCGACAUCGGAGACCGAUAGGCUGCUGGUCUCGGACAUUGGACGUCAUUGGAUGGACAAGCUCCAACUCACUCUUCUUAACAGUGAUUCAUCAUCCCUCAACGUCCAAUUCGCACUACUAUGGGUUCAAUACAUUAACCCAGAAGAGCUCUUCACCUCACUCGACACACUCGCAUCCUCCAUCGACGGCAUGGCCUCCCCCUCCAUUUUGGAAACGGUCAAACACAUCCUCCACGCCAUCCUUUCAACCUCCCAAUCCGAAUCCGAAUCCCACUCGGAAGGCUUCCUAACACAACGACUGCCCCAGCUCCUCUCUCUUCGCUCCAUCCUUCCUGACUCGGAAACGUUGGAGAGUAUGGUAGCGACAGCUAUCGAGGCGACCAUUCCUAUCGGGUUGGAUGGGUCUUUUGUGAAUUCUGGGGAUGUUGAGGUUGAUGUCGUUUCUGUGGUCAAACGAUCAAAUAUGAGGUGGACACGUCGUUCUGUUCCUCUUCCCGGCGACUUCCAGAUCCAGCCGUUCUUGACUCAGGAGACCUGGACGGAGGCGACUGUAAAGAUGGUCCGAGGAUGGUUGUAUAAGCGCCCAUCUAAUCCUGAUUCCGAGGCUUUUACAUCUUGGUUAGGUUCGCAAGAGUGUCUCAGGCGUUCGGAUGAACAGCUUGUUCCUGUUGUGCAUGCUUGGUUGGAUACUACGAGGUCGAGGGGUGGUGAUCUUUCUGGGUUUGAUGGGGAGGUUUCGAAGCGGCUAUUCGCUCGGCUGGUGGGCGUUGUACUCGAUGGAGAGGCUUCGACAUUGUUACGAGCUCAAGCCGAAAUUGCCGCUUGUCAACUGGUCUCAUUAACACCGUCUGGACACUCCGAAGCUUUGUUAAGACGAUUGACAACAACGCUGGAGUCGAAGCCUUUGACGGCUGAAACUCCCGAGUUUCUCAACUUGAUAGCUGGAAUUCACAAAAUCGCGAUUCAAGACGCGAAAGCCGUGGUAUCAGAUGUCGUUGAUCGGGGGAUGCAAUGGGCAAUUCGGCAGUUCUCGGAAGGAGAAGAGGAUGAGGGUGCUGUGAGGGUCGUUGAGGAACUGAUACAAUUGGUCGAAUUGACGUCUGUUUCAAAGCCGAACACGGUCGAGACACUUCUUGGGGUUAUCAUCCAAAAUCACCUGUCAAGCCCUUCUGCACUCAAACUUGCUGAGGCUGCUGUCCGAACGGCAUCAUUGAAGCCAUUAAUCGUAAACCGUCUUCUACAAAGCACAGUACAACACCCGCACUUCUUCAAACUCUGCUCCCUUCCAUCUUCCGCCCGAGACGGCAUCAUCUCUCUGCUAUACACCCUCUUCCACCUCCAUCCCACAAACACAUGUCAAGUCACUCACAUCGAGCCUUUAGUCCGCGUAUAUCGAGGUACAUUGUCCAGUGCCGAUCUCAAGGUGCUAUCCAUAUUCCAGCUCUUCGAAACAACGAGGAAGUUGUCCGUUUCUCAGUUGUUUGGGAGGUGGUCUGCGGUGGGUAAUGGUGAAGAGUCCGGCAAGGCGCUUGAUGUAGUUCUGAGCUUGGAUGCGGGUGUUGUGUUAAGGACGUGUCUGAACUUUCCUAGGUGGCGUCGUUUGGAGUUUGACACUAAACCUUUGCCUAGGAGGACAAGUGGUGGAGAAGAAGGGCUGUACGACCCCGUCUUCCUCAUUCUCCUCUUCGGACACAUGCUUGCAGAGUCCCCGCCUACAUCAGCCAUAUCGUGGAUAGAGAUGUUCCGCACCAACAUCGUUUCGCUCAUCUUGAGGGCGCUGGCGAGUAAAUAUGCGGGUAUGAGGGAGGUAGCGGUCCUCCAGAUCGUUGCGCUGUAUAAACACAUGGCUACGGCGGAUUUACAAGAGAAACCACACGUCUUGCAUAUCCUUACGCUCCUCAAGAACACAUUCCCAGCCCCCUCCUCCUCAUCUUCAAACGAACCAUGUCCCCGUCUACCGACGUACACCGCCCUCCUCCUCACGCACGCCCUACGCGCGCUCUUCCACCCUUCCCACUUCACUUACCCUCUCAUCGCACGAUUCCUUUUACAGCGGCCGGAAUUGGAUACGGGGGACGUACCGCUGCUUUAUGGGAUGUUGUAUAGCAGCGAGGGUGAGGGAUGGAAGAAGGAGCGAGCGUGGAUUAUACGGAUGCUUGCUGAUGGGAUGGUUGGGACGGGUGAUUGGAGGGUGUUGAGGAGAAGGCAUGCGUGGGAUUUGCUUGCUAGUUUGUGGCAGGGUGAGGAGGAUGCCGGGACGAGGUUGGGGAUACUUGAGGUUCUGGCGAAUUUGACGUGUAAUUUGCAAGCAGUCAUGUCGCUGAUCUUGAAAUCUGCGCUGCUUUCGUGGAUUGAGAUGCAGUUGCUUUUAGGGACCAAGGAACGCGUGGAGUGGUUCAAUAUCUUGGAGAAUAUCCUCGUCUUUGUCGAUUCGAAAAAGCUGGAGGCUGCGUUGGGGAGUGAGUGGCGGGCGACGAUAUGCCGUUGUCUUUUGGAGUUGUUGGAUUAUAAAACUUCCUAUGCGGACUUGCCACUUGUUGUUCCUGUUAUUCUGAGGUUGUCAAGCCUAGAGGGCAGGGAGAUACAUGAGUUCCCAGAGUUGUUGGUGAGGGCUGUUGGGUGUUUGGAGACGUUUGAAGAGAAAACAAAUUUGGAGGUGACACCUUUGUCGUCUCCAAAACACUCAGCCAUAACUCCUCAACCACCACACCUCGCACAAAGCCUCCACUCUCCUUCGUCCCUCUCAGAUCCACUAUCGGCAUGGGGCUCGUGCGUUGAGAUGUUGUGGCGCGCAGCUUUGUCGGAUAAGAGGACGUCAAAGGUCGUUUGGGAUGCCCUGACAAGUCGGGCUGUUCUUUGGCGGGGGCUGGUUGGGAGGAGGGCUGGAAGUGAGGUUGGGGAGUGGGUCAGGGUGGAGUGUAUCCGGAAUCUGGCUGAUUGA